AUGAGCGGUAUCCCGCUGAAGUGGGGCGGAUGCUCCGCCACCCAUCCUGCCACCGCCGAGAUCUAGCCCAUCACCGACCAAGUGAAGUCCCAGCUGGAGAAGGCAAACAGGAAGUACUCCGUUUUUAAGGCUGUGGAAUUCAAGAGCCAGCUGGUCGCGGAGACUAACUACUUCAUCAAGGUUCAAGUUGAUGAUGAUGACGUCAUACACAUUCGAGUGUUUGAGAGUCUCCCUCAUGCAAACGUGCCCUUGGCCUUGCAUGACUAUCUGACGGACAAGAGCAGGCGUGACGAGCUGACGUAUUUCUAG